UGUGUGUGUGUGGUUUCUCUGGGUUGGAGGAGGGGAGGUUUUGACUUGCUGUGCAGUCAGACGAGGGAGGUUGUCUUUCAGACCAGAUAUGGGGGCUGAAAGAAAAAACUCUUGAACACUUGGAAACUUGUGCUUGUUGUGCGUCCGAGGAUCUCAUCUGGAGAGACUUCCACUUCCACGUCAUGCUCUAUUGUUUGUGUGCUCUUUGUGUAUGGGUGUUGAGAAAGGCUCUACCUGUGACUGAGAAGAAAUGCAUUUUUCUUUUGGCUCCAAAGGACAAUAACUGGUGGGAUUACAUCGUCCAGAUCUGCUGGGACUUUUAAAGAGCGUGUGGAUUCUGGUUUUUCCGUGUGAGGAGUUUUAUGGUUGCAUGUUUAACUAUCCUGCUUAUUGAGUUAAGCUGGAGUACGUCUAGUUUUUUAUUUUUUAUUUUCCUGGAGAGUCUCUUCCUCCUCUUAUCUCUUCCUCCCUACCUCUUUCAUCUUUGUCUCCCUCUCUCCUUUGUGUGCUCGGGAGAAGGAGCUCAGGACCAGAAAGAGGAGGACCAGGUAGUGAUGUCAUGCGCUUUCACAUUUUCACCAAGGACACUUACUAAAACUACGCUAACUGCUGAGAUAAAGAACCUGGCCUUCAUUCCUUCAUUCGUCUUGUUGUUUGUUGGGGGGGCGAUAACAGCCCCUCUGAUUUGCUGACUCCGCCUCCAUGGAACCCCUCUGAACCAAUCAGCACCAAUCAACACUGCAAGCUAGUCAUGGACUGCACGGCGGCUAUUUUGAAAGCAUGCGCCCGCUCCAGAACCAAGUGGUGUCGGCAUGAGCGUCCCUCUGUCCGUCGCCCGUGGAGACCGGGGGACGGCUGCAGCUGUGGAGCGGACGUCACGGCGGUCACUGGCCACGCCUCCUCCCUCCUGCGGCGCUUGCUGCUUUACGCCUGCUGUUGUCAGGCCCAUGAGGACAGCUCUGAGCUGUGUCGGGAACGGGUGGAUCGUCCCGGCGAAGCACAGAGAGGAGGAAGAGGAAGGAGUGAGGAAGAAGGCGAGGAGGACGACUUAGGACCCCCACCCUCAGUAGACGAGGCGGCGGAUGCUCUGAUGACCAGGCUGGGCUUCCUGCUCGGGGAAAAGAUAAUGGGUGGAGAGGCGGGGUCCCCCUACCACGCCCAGCAUGACACGCAGAGGAUCUCCCCUUCCUCCAGUCUGGCCAGUAGCUGCACCUCCCCCUGCUCCACCCUGCAGCCUCCUGCUGGAGGGGAGGGCACUGACGACAACACGCACGCCUCCUCCAACCACGUCUCCGUCACCUCCCCCACCUCCACCCUGGAGAGCAGAGACAGCGGCAUCAUAGCCACGUUGACCAGUUAUUCUGCUGAGUCAGCAGCAGAGCGGGACGACAGCGGCAAGGACCCCGGGAACGGUUACCAUGGCAGCAGCCUGAAUUUGUGGCAGCAGGGGGCCCGGCCGGUAGUGGCCUCCAGCUCCUCCUCCUGUAUGGCAGCGGUAGGAAGCACCAACAACAGCUCCCUCUACAGGGUGGAGGACAUCAUGGCUGCCUCCACCUACAGCCUCAACAAACUCCACCCAGACCGAGGCCCUGGCUCCGCCCUCUCAUCAGGCUCCACCCACUCCAUCCCUCUCUACCUCAUGCCCCGGCCCAAUUCAGUUGCUGCCACUAGUUCUGCCCACCUUGAGGAUCUAGCCUAUCUGGAUGAGCAGCAGAGACACAUCCCUUCAAGGACGUCCCUCAGAAUGCCCAGACAGAACUCUGGGAGCCGUAGUCAACAGGACCAAAGAGUUCGUUUCACUCCCUCCCUCAACCUGAAGCCCCUCCACUUUGAGGUUCCGGGUCUCUCGUCGGAUUGGCUGUUCACUGGCAGGGAGUGGCUCUUCCAGGAAGUGGACGAUUGUCUUCGCAGUGGUGACCCAUCAACCCGUCAGGGCGUGGUGAUCAUCGGCAACAUGGGCUUUGGCAAAACGGCCAUCAUCGCCCGCCUGGUGGCGCUCAGUUGUCAUGGAAACCGCACGUCGCCAACUGCUACCAGCAACCGGACCAUGCCUAAACAUGUAGAGGCAGUUUCUUUCUCCCACGACUCCCUGGGAAGAGGAGGAGGAGGAGGAGGGGGGGGAGACGAAGGAGGGGGAGAAAGCUGUCCCGGGACUCCAGAGAUGAGGAGAAGACAGGAGGAGGUGCUGAGGAGGCUGGCGGGACAGGUAGUCUCGUAUCACUUCUGUCAGGCUGAUAACUGUCCCACCUGUCUGGUUCCCGAGUUCGUCCACAACAUGGCGGCGAUGCUCAGCGACGCCCCUCAGCUGUCGGCCUAUCGGGAGCUGCUGCACCGGUCGCCACAGCUCCAGAGCACGCUCAGUCUGCGCUCCUGCAUCCAGGAUCCGAGCUCCGCCCUCCAGAAAGGGAUACUACAACCGCUGGACGCUCUCCACACAGAGAGAAAGUUGCCCGUGGAGGGGGCGGGGCUUUUCAUACUGAUUGAUGGGCUGAACGAGGCAGAGUUCCACCGGCCGGACUACGGCGACACGCUGACUUCCUUCCUGUCCCGAAACAUCCAGAAGUUUCCUCCCUGGUUGAAAGUCAUUACCACUGUCAGGACCAGUCAGCAGGACAUCACUCGUUCUCUACCUUUUCACUGCAUCUCUCUGGACAGGAUGGAAGAGAACAGCGCCAUAGACCAGGACCUGCAGGGUUACCUGAUGCAACGUAUCCACAGCAGUGCGGAGAUCCAGAGCAAUGUAUCGCUGAGCAACGGUCGCCUUGACAACACGGCGCUGGCCAAGCUGAUCGGCCACCUGAAGAGCCUGAGCAGGGGCUCGUACCUCUACCUGAAGCUGACCCUGGACCUGAUAGAGGGAGGAUACCUCGUCCUGAAGAGUUCCAGCUUCAAGGUGGUCCCUGUGAGUCUAGCAGAAGUAUACUUGCUGCGCUCAAAGCGGUUCCACCAGUCAUCGUCUCAGAGAGUUCUGCCACUGCUCAACGUCACUGGCUCGCUGCACCCACUGACCGACCAGCAGCUGUUUGAGGUGGUGAAUGCGGGGACCCUGACUGGAGGAAUGCUUCACUGGGGGGAGUUUGUGCACCGCCUGGAGCAGCUCUCCUCUUUCCUAGUGCGGCGGAGCGACGGUAAAAGGAUGCUGAACCAUGCCUCGUUCAGGGAGUGGCUGGUGUGGAGAGAGGAGGGCCAGGACGACAGGUUCCUCUGUGACCCCAGGAGCGGUCACACUCUCCUGGCCUUCUGGCUCUGCAGACAGGAAGGAAAGUUGAACCGCCAGGAGACGCUGGAGCUGGGACACCACAUCCUCAAGGCUCACAUCUACAAGGGUCUGAGUAAAAAGCUCGGGGUUUCCUCCUCCGUUCUGCAGGGGCUGUGGCUGUCCUACAGCACGGAGAACCUGAGCCCUGCUCUGUCAUCACUGCGCAACCUCUACACCCCCAACAUCAAGGUGAGCAGGUUGCUGAUCACGGCUGGGGCCGACGUGGAUUACCGUAGCGACGUGCUCAACAACGCGCCCCUGCUGUGUGUCCACGCCCACCUGGGCCACAGGGAUGCAGUGGGCCUGCUGCUGGACCUCGGAGCUCGGGUGGAUGCUCGGUCACAUGACGGCUUGACUGCUCUGGGAUUCGCUGCUGCAGCUGGACAGCUGGACAUCGUCGCCAUGCUGAGUCAGCACUCCGCUAAGGCGGGUCACGUGGACAGCUCAGGCCGGUGUGUGCUGGUGCACGCGGCCCAGCGGGGCCACCUCGAGGUGCUGCGCUUCCUGCUGCGGCGUGCAGACUGGAGCUGCACGUCCUGCUGUGGUCCGAGGGGGGCCAGCAGGGUCCAGGCCCUGCAGCAAGCCCUGAUCACAGCCGCCAGCAUGGGCCACGCAGAGAUGGUGUCAUACCUCCUAGAUCUUCCAGAGGAGGACGAGAACGAGGAGGAGAGACCGGAGAUCAACACAGCUGACAGUCUGUGGGGGGAGACAGCUCUGACCGCCGCAGCAGGGAGCGGCCGGCUGGCUGUCUGCAGGCUGCUGCUGGAUCAGGGCGCUGCCGUUGAGCAAGGCAACAGGCGGGGCGUGGCUCCCCUCUUCAGUGCUGUGAGACAUGGCCACUUACAGGUGGUGGACCUCCUACUGAGUCACGGGGCGGAGGUGAACAUGGUCGACCAGCAGGGUCGCACUGCUCUGAUGACGGCAGCCUCAGAGGGACACAUGACCACCGCCCAGCUGCUUCUGGAUCAUGGGGCCUCUUUGGACCAGGCUGACAGGGAGGGGUUAACUCCGCUGAGCUGGGCGUGUCUGAAAGGCCAGCUCCCAUUGGUCAGAGAGCUUGUUGAGCGAGGCGCAGCCACGAGUCACGCUGACCGCAGUGGACGGACCCCUCUGGAUCUGGCUGCCUUCUGCGGAGACCCAGAAGUGGUGCAGCACCUGGUGGAUCACGGGGCCUCGGUGGAGCAUGUGGACUGCAGCGGGAUGCGUCCUCUGGACCGGGCGGUCGGCUGCAGAAACACGUCGGCAGUCAUCGCUCUGCUCAAAAAGGGCGCCAAGAUAGGACCAGCGACCUGGGCCAUGGCUACAUCUAAACCUGACAUCUUGAUGGUUCUGCUCAGUAAACUGAUCCAAGAGGGAGACCGACUGUACAAGCAAGGUAAUGUGAGGGAAGCGGCCCACUCCUACCAGUCAGCUCUACAGAAGUUCCCAGGGGACGAGCUGAAGACGUUCAGACAUCUGAUCGUGUGUGUGCUGCUCAACCUGUCUCGCUGCUACCGCAAGAUGAAUGAUUUUGCCGUUGCUGAGGAGUUUGCCACCAAGGCCCUAGAGCUGAAAGCUAAAUCCUACGAAGGCUUUUAUGCCCGAGCCCGAGCCAAACGGGGACGCAGACAGUUCCACGCGGCCCUGGAGGACCUGAUCGAGGCCAGCCGCCUGUGCCCCUCCAACCGGGAGAUCCAGCGCCUGCUGUCCCGGGUCAAGGAAGAGUGUCGACAGGUGGCGCAGCAGCAAGACUCUCCCCCUCCCUCGUCACAUCCUGUUUAUCAGCCUAACGCGGCCAUGUCCAGCAACCAUUCUGCUUGUCAGCAGGUGCAGGACCGGGAGGGGCUUACUGAGGAAGAGGAGGAAGAGGAGGAGGAGGGGAGUCACUCCUCCCCCUCGUUCCACCCUCAACCUGUGACUCAAGGUUUUGACACCCACUGCAGCCCUGGGGUGCCAUCCCCCUCUUCCCUCUCCCCCACUCACCUGUAUCGACACCUCCCCAGUCCCACCCACUCCCCCUCUUGCUCCUCCCCCGCUCACUCUGCGCCUCCUCCCCCCCCAUCCUCCUCCUCCUACCACCAUUUUAGCGCUCUGCAGCGACCCAGCCCGAUGUCGGAAAGCAUGCCUGCAUUGUCCGGAAAUGGAGGUCUGCACCAGCAUCCGCAGUCCAGCACAGCCCCCCACCACUCGGACCAGAACCCGGGGGGGCAGCAGCUCCACCACCUGUCUCAUCAGAGGUCCUUCCAAAAGCAGAACUCUGUUCAGGGCCAGUGGCUCCAACCUGCCAAAGUCCAGGUUGUCAGAACCAGUCAGCCCAGUACCUCGGCCCACUCCAGCGCCUACUCCCAGUUUGGCCAACUGCCCCAAGAACUGGCUGAGCUGGGGGAAGGCAUCUGCCAGAGCCCUCCAGAUGUCCGGCCUAGCCUGCAGGUCCAGGCUGGUCUGACCUCUGGACCUUCGUAUCCACUAGAGGACGGAGACGUUGACUUUGUUUGCCAGGCCAGAGCUGUGUCAGCCUAUGGGAGAGAAGCAGGAGGAGAGAGGGGAGGGGUCAGUAGAUUUGGCCAGGCCCGUCAGUUUAGUCGCAACCAAUCCAAAGCAGCCCACUAUCCCAUGGAGGUUACCGAGGCGACAAUGGGCCCUCCGGAUAGCCUUCCACCACUGCACGAUUACCAAUACCACCAUCAGGGGGGACUAUGGCGCCCCCUCAGUGGCCAAACAACCUCCUUCCCCGCUCCUCCCCCCAGGCCUCUCGUCCACUCCCAGAGCAUCAACGUCCGUUUCUCCAGCAGCAGCGGCAACCUUGCUGGGGGGCAGCCCACCAAUCACGGCCAAGGCUUCAGGACGUCUGCCUCCGCCCAGCACAUGGAUGUGACCUCGGCGGGCGGGGUUACUGCUUAUCAUGACGACCUCUUUCUAAUCUCCUCCGCCCAGUCAGAAACAUGCAUGGUAGAAGGCGGGACUUAUCCCGGAGAGGCAGGCCGGUCGUCACGGAACACUCCUUUUAUGGGCGUUGUCGACAGGACGGCGAGGGUGCACCAGCGGUAUCAACAACAAGCUCCUUCCAGUUCUGCUUCCUGUCUCAGCCCGUCUCGCUCCUGGGCCGUGUCUUCAGUGGACACGGUUGUCACCUCGCCUAGCAAAACCCCCGCCAACCAAGGAGGCUUGGGUCAGCCCCAGCUGUCCUCCAUCGCCUACCACAACCGCAGCAACAACAACGCCCACAACGACAACCAGCUCGACUACUAUCCUCAGGGUGAAGGCUCGGGGCAGGUGGCCAGCCAGAAUCCCUCCUACCGGGAUGUGAAGCUGGCUCGAACGCUGCCGGUGACCCAUAGCUGCUCAGACAGACCUAGUGACAGACCGAGGGGCCCCGCCUCGCCUGUCAAACCAAAAAGACCCUUUGUAGAGUCCAACGUAUAGAACGGAGGAAAUGUGUGAACUCAUACCGUAUAUUCCUUUAUUCACUGGGGCUAUGGAAUUAUUAAAGCCAGACUAUGCUUGAAAUGAACUAGUUUGUACGACAUGUAGCUCGUAUGACAUUUGGAGGGGCCAGACGCAAUAAACGUUCAAAUCUGGGUAACGACACACACCUUGAAGGUUUUCAUGGUGCGGGGUUGCGCUGGGUUGUAUGCACUCAUACACAGAAAAAGUGAUUGAAGUUGUAGUGUGAAGAAAAAGGAGCUUGAGAGAGAAGUUCGAGUCCCACCUACGUUUUUCACGUCCGUGUCACACCCAGCCGAUCGCUGCCAGAAGGGUCCAUGCUGGCCCCAUUGUCACUUUCAGAAAGAAUAGCACUGACUCCGUUAUCGUUCAGAAGAGAUAGGGAGAAGCAGAAAUUUGACAUAUGCGUUUGAUAUGGAACAUUUUGCCUGUUGCAGGUCAGGUCUGUCCUUUAACCAGCCAGAGGCAAGGAAAGGAAGCAAGGAAGGAGGGAAGGAGGGAAGGAAGGAAGGAGGGAAGGAGGGAAGGAAGGAAGGAGGGAAGGACGAGACUGCUUAGACCUGAGACAGCUCCUGCCAGCACAAAGCACAAUGAGGGACAAAAACACAAAAAGUCAUCAAGUAGCACUAAAAAGAAAUCUGGCUUACAGUACAUUUAAAAACUGACAUCUCUGAAUACCCACAAUGCACUGCUCUAGAGAGUCUGCCAAGUUCACAUCUUUACUCUAGACGGUGACAUUUAGUCAGACAAGAGAGACAGGACAGCACCACUAUCACCUCUGUCUGCUGGUCCGACCGGAAACCUGAUACAGUAUCUGGUCUAUCCGGCCUCUAGAAGCUGUGCCAGUCGGAUGCUGGUCCGGGACCAGGUCCCAAGCCAUAGUUUGAGAAACUAGGAUGAUGCUGUCAUUGAAUAAGCACUGACUUGCUGUAUAUAAAACUAAAAAAAAGUGAUAUUUAUCUUUUUUUAAGUUAUAUCUGUAUUAAACUGUAGACAUUUUGUUUCUUUUAAAGCUGUAUAUUCUUUUUGGAUUGGUCUUUAUACGUUUAUUUUGAGGUUGUUUUUUUACUGGAAUCCUUUUCAAAGAAACAAAAAGAAGAGCAAAUCCAUUUCAUCUUUGUGUAUCACGGCAACACUGUAAAAAUGUUGGAUUUCUUGCUUCAGGUAGAGGUAGUUCUGUUUUUCUAUGAGGUUCUUUUGUAUUAUGUAGUCCUAAAAGUCCUAAUUUGGUCCCAGCUGAUCAUUCCAGGGCUCUUUACCCUCGUCGCCAUGGGAACAUAGUGCUUACAGUACGUGCCCAAUGAGCUGGCGAUAGGCCUAUGCCCCGCAACAAUUAAAGACUGAAAGAACAUCUCUGCGUGGGGAGACAGGUCGCCGUUACACUAAGGAUUGUGGGUAGUGUAGUGCAGAUAAAACAUGUUUUUGGUAAAACAGGGUUGAUUUCACACAGACUUCUAGCUUCUACAGGAGCAGAACCUGUCGUUUCACCACCUGGCAGCUCGUGGUCGGUCUAGCGCGGAUGGUUGGGACAUCAUGGCUGAGGAUCUGAAUCCUUAUGGAGAGAGACGGUCGAUCGGAGGUUCUGAUUCCCUACUCGGCGUUCUGAAAGCAGGAGGUGUGACGUAGGCCUACUGGCUGAGUAACUUAGUAGUCUUUCUAAUUAUGGAUUUGCAGAGUCUUCAACAGUUUUAUGACAAACUGAGACUUUCUUGACUUGCAAAAAAUUCUCUUAAAUUGACAAACAUGUAAUUCAUGGCUUGAUUCUCUCCCCGUUCACUGCCAUACAUAUUUGUUUCCGAUAUAAGGCCCCACAGGGUCCACUGGGAGCUAAAAGGGACUUUUCCUGUCUUUCUGCGCCGUGUCAGACUGGAACAUAACAGGGGGAAGGGGUUAGCUACCAAUCGAUCCCAGGGCUAGUUUUCCAGAGGGGGUGUGACCAACGGACAGGAUUCAGAAAGCAGGACUUAGCUAGCUUUUUUUUUUUAAUGUAUUUUAUGCACAUGAAUGCCUGUUUUUUGUAUGUUUCUUUAUAUGUUUCUAAUGAAUCAGCAUCUUGGUUUCAGAGUUGCUGAUGAAACCUCUGACCUCUCUGUCAUGGAACAGUCCUGGGACCACUGCCCUUUUUUCUUACUGCUCAGGAGUUUCCAGCUGGGGGAAGAUAUGGGAAACUACAUAACUCAUAAGCCGUUGUUAUGGUCGGGACAGCUGGUCAUGGGGUCAGGUUCUGGCCAGUUAGAAGGAUGAACACGGCCGCGCCAAAUCCGCGGACGCAGGAUUCUGCAGGAUUUUCCGAAAAU